GUGAAAGCAAUUUGUGUACCUCUGCAUUUUAUUCUGGGCUGCAAGAAGAAAACACCUCUGUGUUGGGGAGUAUUCAAAGCUACAUUUUCAAAGCAGAAGACUACAUUUUAUCAAAUAUGUCAGACUACCAGUAUGCUGUGUAUUUUGUGGCAAGUAACCUCUUAAAAGAAGAUCUGAAAAAGAUCAGACAGUACUUUCAGAUCAGGCGUCGUUCUGGAGGGGGAGAAUGUGGAGACGUGGAGAAAAUAAGGGAGAACUUCUACAGGAUAGCCUUUGAGGAGGAAGCAGACCAGAAACGAGUGUUAAGAAAAAAGGAUCAUACUAUCCAGCUGUCUGUACAAAGAAAUCUGCAAAUCACUUUAAGCUGCAAUGAGAUACAAGAGGAUAACAGUUUUGCACAGACUGCGUCACGUCAACAGACAGCCUCGAGUUGUAAACCAGUGGAAAAGAUUUUGAAAUUGGAUUCUUAUCUUCUGCGAUUCCUGAAAGAAAAUAAAAAAGCAUCCUUGGACUUGGAGAAACGCCUUUCCUCUCUAAACUGCUCCUUUAAAUUAGACCUGGACUCUAAGAAAGUAGUGGUAGUAAAAGAUGAAGUCAAGUCUGAUGAAGAUGAUAUUGCCCUUGAUAAGUGGAAAGCAAAGGUGGAGGACGUGUUUUUUGAGCUGCAGAAACACUAUGACAUCUAUUUUGAGUUUAACCCUGAGACGCUAAUGAUCCUCAAGCAAAACCCCUUUUUACCCACAGAAGACCUUGGAAUCUAUAGAGAAGAAGAUGUAGUUGUAAUUGUGGGAGAACCUAUGGAGCUGCAGAAGCUCCUAAAAGCCAUGAAGUUGCAACAGCAGAUCUGUAAAGAGUGUCUUGUGUCUGAAGCAAAUUUUGAUCUUGUGAAAGAGCAGUUCAGGCUAGAAAUAGAGUCUAAUUUUUCAGAGAUCAACAUUGCACAAGACAGGCCUGGCUCUGUUGUUCUUAAAGGUCCUAAGGAGCAAGUUGAAGCUGCAGGGUCAAAGCUUCAGGAGCUGUUGAGUCAAAUUCAAGAGAAAAGGAUUCAUCUUCAUCAAGCCCUCACAACAUUCUUGUCAUCAAGUGGUGCUAUACAAAAGUUCCAGGUGCGAUUCCAACAGAGUCUACGCAGUCCAGUUCUGUUUGAGACCAGAAAUUCAGACCUGGUUCUAAUGAGCCUGUCCACUGGGGCUCUUCAGGAAGCAGCGGCUGCAGUGCAGAGGGACCUGUGCAUGGAGUCAGUGCCACUAGAGGGAACUGAAGCUAAUUCACCUGGAAUAGACUCUCUGAAAGAAUCUUUGAAUCAAGCCUUACAAGAAGCUAAUCAAGGAAGCACUAAUGUGGAGUUAAUUUAUCAACCAGGAACACAUGCUGAUCCCAGGAUUAAGGUGCAAGUAGUGGGAUACAGCAAUGAAGUUAGCAAAUUAAAGAAAAUCAUACAGGACUACAAGGAAAACCAAGCAACCUGCCACGACUCUUUGCCUCUACCUCUACCAGAAAUGGUAGAUUAUUUCUCUGAGCUUUUGCCACUUCUAGGUGUGAACUCAGACAAUGUAACUCUAGUGGCUACACGCUCACCUGCUCCCUGCAUCAGACUCUCAGGACCACGUUGUCAAGUAAGAGACCUGAAGACAACAUUGACUUCAGCAUUUGGAGGCCUUACCUCAAAGAGAGUCAAAGUGGAUGGUCCAGGCGUUUUGCAGUUCUUCCAAGGGGGAGGUUUAAAAACCCAGUCAUUACUGCAGAAUUCCUAUCAGGUUGUGAUAGUACUUCUGAGCAACAUACCAACUAGAGCACCACCAAUCAGCAACACAGCAUGGAACAGCCUCCCUAAUCUACAUACCUUUGUGUCUAACCCUCAAGCAAGUCUUGUAGAUUCAUCUGUGGCUCUUGAAAUUGUAUUUGGAGGUCUUGAAGGACAGCAGGUUGAUGUACUUGUUGCCCCCAUGUUGAACUCAAAUCUUACGUCAACCAAAGUAGGAAUGUGCUUGUUGGACAAAGCUGGACAGCGACUAAAGAGCAAUUUUGAUGCUGCCAAAAGUACAAACACAAUUGCUGCUGGAGAUGUGCUAGAGGUAGAUGGGACUCCACUGGGGUGCAAGAAGGUGUUUUUUAUUGAGUGCGUACCUUCUAGUGGAAGCACAAAGGAAAAGGCACUACGAGAUGGUCUGGAACGAGCUCUGGCACUUUGUGAGCAGCAGGGUUGGGACUCUGUUGCUAUGCCAGUUAUUGGUCCUGGACCAGCGAUGUCAGUACCCAUCAGAGAUGCUACCCGUAUUCUGACAGAGGUCAUUGGCACAUUUGGUCGUACUGGAUUUACUGGAUCUCUCAGGACCAUACGCAUUGUUAUGAUGCCUAACUACUCCGAUUCUGAAGAGAUGUUCCAAGCAGUCAGCACAGGGCUAAGUGGACAAAUAGUGGACUCUUCUGGGCAUGCUGUCUUUCAGUCUUUAAGUUCAGAAAUUGAUGAAAUCAUCAUUGGAGCGGGAAAUUGCCAGCUUCAUCUGGUGUAUGGUGACAUUAGCAACGAGACGACAGAUGCUGUUGUAAACACCACAGAUUUCAGUGACUUUCAGACAGAUGUGUGCAGUGACAUCCUGACUGUUGCUGGACCAGCAGUCCAGGCUCAGCUUACAGGAGCUAAGGUACAAAAAGGUAAGAUCUUCACCACCCAACCUGGAAACUUUCCCUGUAAGAUGAUCAUGCACGUAAGCGGAAAGAGUGAUGCAGGCAAUAUCAAAGGACUUGCUCGGGACAUUGUGUCCAAAUGUGAACAAUUACGUUACCAAUCAGUGGCCAUUCCUGCUAUAUGUGCCGGCAAAGGAGGCCUUGAUGCACGCCUUGUGGCUCAGUCCAUUCUCCAAGGAGUGAAGGAUGCUACGAUAGGUGCUAACUUCAAACAUCUCAAAAUUAUUCGUAUUGUUUUACUGAAAAUUCAUGUUUUCUUGGAGUUCAAAUCAAUGGCAAAGCAGCUCUUCAGUACAUUUACACAAGUGACAGCUGCUGUGUCUGCUGCACCUCUCAGGACUGCCAGUAGAGGACGCUAUUCAUCCAGUUUGUCCUUAGAUAUGAGCUCCCUUGUUCAAUCCCUGCCAGUCCAUCAGAGGAGCACAGCUGAAUUUCUUGUCAUUGGCCAAUCUGCCCAGAAUGUCUCAGAUGCUUGUCUGGAACUUAAGCAGGCUUAUGAGAAAGAGUGCUCGACUCAGUCAUUCACUACAGAGGAGCUCAAACACCUUGCCCAAGAUGAAAUUGACCACAUCACCAAUAAUGCAGAUUCUCUGGGUGUAGAAAUAAACCAGCAAAGCCCAGAUAGACUUACAGUAAGAGGCCUUAAUAGUGGAGUUAUUGAAUUCAACCGACUGGUGCAAGGAGCUCUUGUUAGACAGGUACGAGGGCGAGAACAGGACCUAAUCUUUGCCCGUGUCAACUGGUGCAUUCUGGGAAUUUGGGGCGUCUGGGAGAGGCUGCCCAAAGAGGCCAAUUACCAGCUAGAGAACAAUAACAUUUUUGGAGGGGUGCUGGAUGCACAGGGACAGAAGUGGACAGUAAACCUGAAAGGAAUGGAGGCCACAUCUGUGAACACUCCAGGCCUGGUGUCCAAGCUUAAACGACUGGAGAACCUUUCAGAUUUUACUUUUCCUCUUUACUGGGAUAGCAUGGGGUCAGGAGAGGCCCUAAAACUGGUCACUCUGCACCCCAGCUCUGCUGAGUACAACAGGGUGAAAAUGGACUUCAAGAGGACAGUCCAGAAAGCAGUGCUCAAGAUUGAGCGCGUACAGAAUGUGCAUCUGCGUCGUGCUUAUGAAGUUCGGAAGAAAGAGCUGCAGGAUAAGAAUGGAGAUCUGGUGGGGGCUGGAGAGAAAGUUCUGUAUCAUGGAACCACAGAGGAAGCCUGCUUGUCCAUACAGAGGACUAACUUUGACCGCAGAUUUGCUGGACAAAAUGCUACAAGAUUUGGUAUUGGAACGUACUUUGCAGUGGACGCCAGUUACUCUUCCGACCCAGUGUUUUCCAAACCUGCUGCAGAUGGAACUCAGGUCAUGUUUGUUGCCCUCGUUCUGACGGGUCAGUAUACCCAGGGUCAGAGUGACAUGAUGACUCCGCCUCCCCGCUCCACUCAGGACCCCAAUGACCGUUAUGACAGUGUAGUCGACAACGUGCAGAAGCCCAGUAAAUUUGUAGUGUUCCACGACUGCCAGGCCUACCCAGACUACCUCAUCACAUUCAAGUGAAGCUGCUUCUGGCAAAAUAGUGACUUAUUGGUUUGUGUUGAUUACAGAUCAAAUAUAAUAAUCACCUUUACAUCCAGCAGAAUAUCCAGCCCAGAGUAAACUGAACAAUUUUUAGUUCAGAAAAAAAUGCUUUCUUGCAAAGCUCCCAGAAUAAAUACAGGGUGUUGAGUUAGCUUUUCCAUAUGCUUUUAUUCUCAAGUUAAUAUGAUUUUUUUCUGCAUGUAUCAUCUAAAAAUAUAUUAAUCAUAUACUCAUUAAAAAGUAUUAUUAGUUUUAUUAUUAAUUUUGCACUACACAAGUUUUACUACUACUGGACUUUACAGCAUGUAUUGCAGUUAUUACAGUGUAGGUCAAAAAAUGUCUCAUUAAAUAAAAAAAUAAAAAACAUCAAAACCAAAUCUCAUAAGGAAACUUAAAUAGGAGAAGGGAAUACUGUAAAUAAAAAAUUGCAUUUUAUUAUAAUUAAAGAAUAGAAAAAGGUAAUUAUUUAUGUUUCUAAAUAAUGUAUUAUAUAAAACCAUGUAUUACAUAUAUUUUUGUUAUGGGGCUGUGUCUAAUAAUAGUGUAGCUUUAAAUUUAGUAGACAUUUAUUUCUUAAUAAGACAUAUUUUAUUGGAAAAACUACUAUAUGACCUGUAUGUUUAAAAAAAUCUCCUUGCAGUAAUUUAAUGCACACAAAAGCAUAAUCAAAUAAAUUAAAAUUAAUAACAUGAAGCUAUAUGUUUUAAAUGAUUUUCAUUAUAAUGAUAAUGAUACAUUUUAAGUGUUGUACAUAUGAUCAGUUAGUAUUUGAAGUUCAGUUUAGUCAUUCUGUAAGGAACUAAAUAUAAUUUAGCAUAUAGAUAGAUAGAUAGAUAGAUAGAUAGAUAGAUAGAUAGAUAGAUAGAUAGAUAGAUAGAUAGAUAGAUAGAUAGAUAGAUAGAUAGAUAGAUAGAUAGAUACUUUAUUGAUCCCCAAAGGGGAAAUUUGAUCAAAUCUAUCAAAUCUGAUGAAAACAAAAAUCCUAAUUAAAAAGCUGUUCAGAACUGAUUAUGCUUAAUGUUGUUUAUACAAAUCCAUGAUGUUACGAUUCAGACUCCUGAUGUGGACUAAGCUAUAAAACUUUCCCUAAUCUUUCAGAUCUGCCCCCAUUGUUUUGAGUUCUGCCACCCACAGAAUGAUAUCAGAAUGAUAUCAUAACUUGGAAAGAUUAUCUGAACUGUUUCCAAGUGUUCCAAGGAAGAGUCUUUUUUUUCUACUCAAAAAAGAAAAAAACUGCAGUCCCACUAAACUACCGUAACAUCAUUAAUAUUCAUAUUAUUCACACAAGUAUUAAUAAUAAUGUUACACAUUAUGUAUCUUCUUCUUCUUCAUCAUGUACUUCUUCUAUUUUUUUUCAUUUUCCUUUGCUUCUUCUUCUUCUUCUUCUUCUUCUUCUACUUUACACAAGUAAAUUGUAACAUUUUUUUAAAGAACACACAUUGCCCUCCACAAUGUUUAGAAUAAAGAAAUUAUAUUACUUUAAUUUUUAAACCUUUGCAUAUAUUUCAGUUUGAGCAUGUUGAAAUUACAACUUGAAAUUACACAGCCCCCUCAUUCUGGGGCUUUUUAAUGUUUGGGAGAUUUGUCUUCAAAUUUGUUUAUGAUAACUCAGGUCUGUUCAAUUUCUUCAUUAGAGUAAGCAUAAGUGUCCUCUGCUCUUUAAUCUUUUAAACACAUUUGGAGCUUGUAGUUGCUGUAGUUUAACAUGAGGACAAUAGCGCUUCCAGAAAAAGUCAGCAAGAAGUUUUUUUAGACAUGUUGGUGACAUCUUAGCAAUACCAAAAUAUAAAAUGUAUAAAAUAUCAUUAAAAAGAAAGGAUACAAAAGGGACUGGUAGGCCAAGGAAGAUCACCACUGCUGAUGGCAGAACGAGCCACAUUAAAACUGCUUGACACAUCAGAAGCAGCCUUCAGCAGGGGGUGUAUAAGUCAGAGGCUACUAUCUUCUUAAUACCUGGCCAGACUGCAAAAACGAUCUGUGAAAUGAUAAAAUGAACAGAUGACGUCCAGAUUGCUCUAUAUCGGAGUGAUGGCAAGAGCAUGGUGUAGCCUUGCAUAAUCCAACAAAUAUUACCUUAUCUGUGAGACAUGGUGGUGGGGUGUCAUGAAUUGGGUAUGUAUGGCUGGCACCAGUACUAGCACACUAGUAUAAUCUUCAAUUAUUAUGUGUCUGCUAGAGCUUAGAUUGUCUGCCAGAACCCGACCUGACCCGAGGCCCGACCCGAAAUCUGGUCGAUCGGGCCGAGAUUUCCCACCACUUUCCUCGGGCCGGGUCGGGUCGGGCUCCAGAAAAUAGUCUGAGAUGUAGGCAUCUGUUUUUUAAUUAUAUUUUUAUUUUUAAAUAAAGCUCUGGUGUGAUAAUCACAAUGUUACCAAGUAACCAAUUAUUAUUGUUAACGAAAACGAACCAAAUACCGAAAACUGAAAGUGAAAAAACAAAUUUAUUUAUAAGCGCUGUUUUCACUCCCGCAGUUGUACAGUGAGGGGUGUUGUGCCGAUUCUGUCCGCGAAGCGGGAGUCGGAUUCAGCAGGGAGUCGAAUUCGGCCCAACAGCGGCAGUGCGGCGGCAGCGCGGUGGCACCUCGCGGUCCGCGGUGUUGGUUGUAAGCGCUCGCACUAGCCGCAAAAUACGACAGAAAACACUGAGGGAGCUGCAGAAUUAUGUAUGGGAGUAGAAUAUGAGCACGAGGAGAUAAAAGAGAAACAGGAGAUACAGUAUGUGAGAACCUUAACCUGUGAGUAGCUCAUACACCAGAACACACAAAUCUCUCUCUCUCUCUCUCUCUCUGUGUCUCUCUCUCUCUCUGUGUCUCUCUCUCUCUCUCUCUCCGCGUUUGACAUGCAGCACUGUGUGUAGCUGUUCUUAAAAAUUAUUUUAAUUAAAUAAUAGUUCUAUGCUUUUAUGUUACAGUGUUAAUUAACAUAAUUCUGAUCAUAUUUCGCUCAUUUAAACAGUCCAAAAAACAGCCAGUUUAUGGGGCGGGUUGGGUCGGGCUCGGGCAGAAUGUGCACGGGCUCGGGCUGGGUCGGGUCGGAUUUUUUGGGCCCGAUCUAACCUCUAGUGUCUGCUGUAGAAAGUAUCACAGGCAAAUAAAUAGCUAAUUCACUAGUGUUAAAUUAACACGGUCUAUGUAACCUUUGAACCAUUAUGGUGUCUAGCAAUUAGGGCUGGCCCGAAUAGCGUUUUUUGAGCUCCGGAUAUUCGGCACUGAUUCGAAGCGAAUAUUCGAAUAUUCGUUUUUAAAAGAGGUAAAAAAAAAAAAGCAAAUCACGGCCCCUUUAAUCCACUGAAAAAUGUUCAAUUUGCUCUGACCGACGAGACAUAUUCACCCCGUAUUUUUGGUGUUUUUAUCCCGGAUUUUUGUGUUUUCAUCCCGGAAUUUCUGCUGCCCCACACCGCGCUUAUCCGCUGCAUAAGCAGGCUAGGAGGCUGCUGCUGCACGGUUUCUCCGCGCAAGCCAGCCCAGUAAAUUGCUGUUUGUGUUUUCACACUUAGGCUAUUUGCUUAAAAAAAACAAACAAAAAAAACGUUUGUUCAGGAAGUAUUUUAUAUUCUUAAACAUUGUUAAUUAUAUUAGAGGACAGUCAUUGUAAACUGUACUUGGUCUAUUUCGGUUAAAGGAUUGUGCAGGGCAUAUUACUGAUUUUGUAUUUUUGCACUUGGGCUAUAAGCUCAAUAUUAAAUAUUUUGUUUGUUUAGAAAUUAUUUUAUAUUUUUAAACCAUGUUAAAUUAUAUUAGAGUAGAGGAAAGUCAUUGUUAAUGGCGUUAUUGAACUUGGUCUAUUUCGGUUUAAGGAUUGUGCAGGGCAUAGCCGUAUUACUGAUUUUGUAUUUUUGCACUUGGGCUAUAAGCUCAAUAUUAAAUAUUUUGUUUGCUUAGAAAUUAUUUUAUAUUUUUAAACCAUUUUAAAUUAUAUUAGAUAAGAGGAAAUUCGUUCAGACAUCAUUUUUGUAGGCCAGGCUUUUGUAACCGAUUUAGCCCCUACUGUUGCCACAUUACCCCUUACGUUUUAUUAUAUAAAUCAGUUUCGAAGAGCCUGCAUUUUUUUAUCAUGUAUAAUAGAGGUCUGCGCGAGACUGAUUUUUAAACCCACUCUUCCACGCUCCCGCGUUUCUGUCUCGUUACCGCGCCGCAAAAAAUUGCUUCUUUUAAUCCCGUGCCCGCCCGCCACAUACACAUUUCUGCCGCUCCCGCCCCACGUUCCUAAUAUAAAUUAAAUAAACUACAUUUAAUGCUUCAAAUUUACUUAUAUAUUUAUUAAAACAGCAGCGAUGAAUAGUGCGGUCCCAUUCCUUACCCCAGUCCAAACACCAUCGGUGUGUGCGUGUGUGUGUCGGUCCAUCCUGCGCGUUGAGAGUUUUCUUUAGUUUUUUUUUUUUUACAAUUAUUACAGUUUUCUUAACUAUUUAUUAAUUUGCUCCCGCAUCGUCUGGAUUAAACUCCCGCUCCAGCCAAUAACAGUUCAGUUCUGUCCCGCGCGCAAGAUAUUCUGACGGGACCCGCGAAAACAGAAGUGGUUAGAGUGAGGUGGAACUCUGGAAAGGAGAAAAAAAACGAAUAUCCGAAUAGCAAAAUUAAAAACCGAAUACCUACUCAACGAACGAAUAUCCGAAUACCCGAAUAUUCGGGUCCAGCCCUACUAGCAAUAAGGAAGACUGCAUGCAUGUAUGUGAAUACCCUUAAAAUAAAGUCGGGCAUAUGAAAGGAAAAUGGGUCUUUAUCUCAAUCAUUACAGUGGGCAGUGUGGGUUUUUUUUUUUUUUCAUGUUUUUUGAUCAUGAUUAAAAUUUUUUCACUAGUCGUUGCUCAAUAGAGACAUAUUUCUUCAUUUCUGUUCCAUGCACUCCAUGGCCUGCAUGUAUUUCCCAACCCCAGUUCCCCUGCUGCAUCCAAGCUUUUGAAGCGUUGUUCAAUCCUGAUGACCUUUAUGAUCUGUAUACAUAAUUUAAUACAUAUUCCAUAUUCCAACGAAUUUCAAUACCAAAGUAUCACUUUACCAAGGUCUACUUUACCAAAUCUUACAUUAACACAAAUUAUAUUGAGGAGUUCUGAAAAAUGCAUUUGUUUCGUUGGUUAAAUGCAGGUGCUGUGCUUUUAGCUCUUGUAAAACAGGUAAAACAUACUGUGAAACAACCUCAGGUAAAACUGCUUUCAGGGAAGACGUUAGUCUAAAAGAAGCGACCGCAGAUAAUAAUAAUAAUAAUAAUAAAAAUGAUUGUGCAAUCAAACAAUCUAGAAUCUUCUCUUGUACAUGUUGAGGACACAAUAUUUAUAAUCAUGUUACUCAAAUGUUUUGAUGAAUGUUAUAGAUUUGUGUACAUUCAGAUGAGAUCUCUAAGUUUAUAAUAUACUGUGUUACAGUUUUGUUUAGUCUGGUGUCACUGAGAACUGAAGAGACUGACUCAAUAAAACUGCUAAUAAAAAGUUAAUAAGA